AUGACUACACAGGCCGUCGAAGUGGAUGACUUUGGCCUCCCCAUUAGGCGUUAUCCCACUCCCAAGAUCGAUGCACCUGUCGAGCCGAUCACAGAAGAGAAGGGCAACUCGGCCACAAAUGCUGUAGGCGGUGAACAACCGAAGGCUCCCGAGGAGAAAGGAGACAAGACUCCGACCACCGCCGUUGCCGAGGCCACGAAGCCAGUCGAUAAUGACGAUGACGAAUUCAAGGAUGCCCGCUCUCAACAGCCUACACCUGUCGAAGAACCAGCCUCGAAACCGUCUGCUCCACAGGAACCGCCUGCGCCGGUCGAGUCCAAGCCUGCGGUACAAACAAAAUCCCCUGAGCCAAACCCGGCAUCCACCAGCGACUCCAAAUUGAAGGAGCCCGCAGAACCACAGACUGAGGCGACUGAACCCUCGAAAAAGCCUGAGAAUGUUGAAGUACCGGCCGACAAAGAUCAACCAUCCCAUGCCACCGAGUCGAAAUCGAAUCCUCCAUCUCCCACAGCCGCUCGGGGCCGCGGGACCAGCAAUGCUAGCCACCGAGAAGGCGUGUCCGAGUUUUCCCACCAGCACAUUUCUACAAAGGUCGAGGAAAAGGAGGACGAGGAUGAUGAGUGGCAGGAAAUGCCGUCAUAUGCCAGAUAUGAUAUGUAUAAUGACGACAACAAGUUGAUUGCCAAAGAAUACGACCCCGAGGAGGAUGAGAAAUAUGGCUACGCAGGACUUGGAGGUGCCGGCAAGGGCUAUACCCGUGUCCUCGUAGAUGAUGAUGCCGAGUCGGCAACGAGCAUGGACGACAACACACAGUAUCUCUUCAGGCCGACCAAUGGAACGAGCAUGGUUGACGACGAUGAGGGGCGUGAUGCCAUCUCCCAAAUGCAAGCAACCAAGGAUCUUCUCACGGAGGGACAGAGAGUCGCAUACGUCGGCUUGGUACGUCUGGAGAUUGUCAAGAUGGUGAAGGAGGCAGAAACCCUAGAGACAACCAGGAAGACGAAAAAAGAAGUGAGCCUCGCAUCUGAAGCCAUGAUGAUGUGGGGACAAAAGAUGAUGCUCCGGCUCUACGCUCAUAUGGAAAUCAGCGAGGCAGAGCAGGUCAUGAUCGAGCAGCUCGCUGAUCAUGGGGUCAUGCCCCAGGACCUGGCGCCGGCCCUCAACACCAACUCGAGAGUGGUAAACCCAAUGGCCGACAACGCCUCGGGGGGCACCUCGACGCCUGGCACACCGUCGCUGUUCUCGGGAGACGAGACGCCGACGGAAGCCCCUCCACCUUAUGAGGCCCCUGACGUCGAGGAACUUCCCGACGUCAAGACUCCCUCGCAGCUUCCAACCACUGCCAAAAUCGAUAUCGACCUCCGCUGGACCGUCCUCUGCGAUCUGUUUCUGAUUCUAAUCGCGGAUUCGGUCUACGACGCACGCUCAAGGGUUCUGCUGGAGCGGGUCGGCCAGAGCCUUGAUAUCUCGUGGCUUGACAUCUGUCGAUUCGAGAAGAAGGUCACGGAAGCAUUGGAAAUGCAGCAAGCCGCCGAAAAGGAGAACUGGAACGAGGACGAGCAUACAGAGGCCCGCAGAAAGAGGGCAUUGACUCGACGUUACGUUAUGAUGGGUCUGGCUACCGUAGGUGGUGGUUUGGUAAUUGGUCUCUCGGCUGGACUGCUGGCACCCGUCAUCGGUGCUGGUUUAGCUACUGGUCUGACAGCCAUCGGAGUGACGGGUACGAGUGGUUUCCUGGGUGGUGUCGGUGGUGCAGCCAUCAUCACAUCAGGUGCAGCGACGACAGGAAGUAUCAUCGGUGGCAGGGCGGCCGGCCGAAGAACCGGUGCAGUUAGGACAUUUGAGUACCGGCCACUGCACAACAACAAACGUGUCAACCUGAUCGUGACCGUUUCGGGGUGGCUGACGGGCAAGGUCGAUGAUGUCCGGUUGCCUUUCAGUACAGUGGACCCUGUUAUGGGAGACCUUUAUUCAGUCCUAUUCGAACCCGAGAUGCUUCGAAGUAUGGGAGACACCAUUAAUAUCCUGGCUACCGAGGCUCUCACUCAGAGUAUCCAACAAAUUCUGGGUGCCACCAUUCUGGCCGCUCUCAUGUCGGCACUACAGCUCCCGAUAAUCCUUACCAAACUUUCAUAUCUCAUCGAUAACCCAUGGGCAGUUUCUCUAGAUCGAGCCACCUCUGCUGGUAAGAUUCUAGCAGAUUCCUUGCUCGAGCGUAACCUGGGAACUCGCCCAAUCACGCUCGUCGGAUUCUCCAUCGGAGCUCGAGUCGUCUUUUCUUGCCUACAGGAGCUAUCUAAGAAGGGCGCGGUUGGUAUAGUUCAAAACGUUUACAUGUUUGGCUCGCCCAUCGUUGUGAAUAAGGACGAGUAUAUCCGAGCCAAGACGGUGGUUUCUGGGCGGUUUGUCAACGCCUUCAACCGCAACGACUGGAUCCUGGGAUACCUGUUCCGACUGACGAGCGGAGGCAUCCGUCGAGUUGCGGGUCUGGCUCCGAUCGAGGACAUGCCCUGGAUUGAGAACAUGGAUGUGACGGAUCUCGUGGUGGGUCAUAUGGACUAUCGACAACAGAUGCCAACGCUGCUUAUGAGGUGUGGAUGGUCUGUGGAGAGCGAGGAGUUUGUCGAAAUUGAGGACCCGGAUCCAGACAAUCACGCCGAGCGACAGAGGGAGCUUAUCAACGAGAUCGAAGAGGCACGAAGAGAGCUAGAAAAGGAGGGAAAGUCGAAGAAGAGCGGGCGGUUCAGCUUCUUUGGGCGACGAAAGAACGCAGACAAGCAAGACUGGGAGAUCUACGACGACACGAAAGGCAAGGGUGAGGCUAAGGGCGAGGCCAGCACCAAGGAUGAGGACGCCAACCGGGGCGUACUGUUUGAUAUUGAUGCAAUCAGGGCAGAGAUUGCCAAAGAUGCACGCGGGGGCAACUCAGAGGAGAUCCAAGUGAGGGAGAUCAAGUCAACGCUGCCUCCGAUGAAGUUGGAUAUGGCGUCGAUUCCAUCGUCUCCGGCGGCCGCCAACAGUUCUCGAGACGACCUAACUGCAACGCGGGACUCGCGUGAAGCUGGGGUAUCACAGGAGCGCUCGCGCAGUUACACACCGAGUUACACCAGACAAGCAUCGCCGCCGGACUAUGGCGCAGCGUAUGGUGGUGGAUUUGGCUCGGGACAUGGCAAUGCAUACGGCUCGGCCCGGGAUGAGGACGAGAUCCAGAUGACGUUUGAUACGUCGUUUGACGAUCCUCCACGAUCGACAACAGUGCCACCAAAGGAGGAGACACCGAACCGGCCAGAGAUCAAGUCAUCUCACACGCUGCCAACCAUGACCAUACGAGACCCCUGGAAUGACCCGGAUGAUGACGACUUUGGCAAGGAGAAGGAGAUUUCGAUGACAUUUGCGUAA